AUGGCAUCUUCAACUUCCAACUCAGCAGCAGCACGCAUGCAAACUCAUCUUCAAACAGAACCACAAAAUCGCAGCCAAAACCAAUUGCAAGGAAGUGUCACUAUAACUCAAUCACAAACUCAUACAUCAGCACCAGUUUUACGUUUAAGAGGCGAAUCAACUGGAGAAAGUGAAAGUAGUACGAAUGGGGAGAGGGGUUUAGGACGCGGAAGAAGAAUUCAAUGGGCGGAGGAUGUGGUAGAUAAUGAGGGAUUAGGGAGGAAAAAGAGUAAAGUAUGUUGUAUAUACCACGCUCCUCGCCCUAUCGACGAAUCAUCAGAUGAAUCUUCGAGUGAUAGUGAUGAUAGUAGUAGUGAUGAUGAUGGGGGUGCGAAACCUUCGGGAGGUAAUGGGGAUAAACAUGAUCAUGGGGAUGAGUGCGCACAUGGACAUGCACAUGGAAAGGGAAAGGGUAAAGGCAAAGAAAGGAAAAGAAGUCCAAAUGCUUAUGAGAGGCAGCCGAAUUAUAAAGGGAAGGAUAAAGGGAAAGGUGGUGGAUAA